CGUGGAGGGUGGUGGGCGGCCCCGUGGCUGCCCCAGCAGAACCUUCCAGUCGUCAAGAAGCUGUGCUAGUGUGAGGGUCGCUCUGCCUACCCGGGGAUAUACUUUAUAUUUGUGUAUAUAGCACCUAUUUUAUAACCAAGACACAAUGGGAGAUAAGGAGGAACAAGUACAGCGGGCCAAGCUUGCUGAGCAGGCAGAAAGAUAUGAUGAUAUGGCUGCAGCAAUGAAGCAGGUCACAGAAACUGGGGUGGAGCUCUCAAAUGAGGAGCGCAAUCUUUUGUCAGUAGCAUACAAGAAUGUUGUAGGAGCUCGGAGAAGUUCCUGGCGAGUUAUUUCCUCCAUAGAACAGAAAACAGAGGGUUCAGAACGAAAACAACAAAUGGCGAAGGAAUACAGAGAGAAGGUCGAAACAGAACUUAGGGAAAUAUGCCAGGAUGUAUUGGGUCUUCUUGACAAGUUCCUUAUUCCUAAGGCCUCCAAUCCAGAAUCUAAGGUCUUUUACCUUAAGAUGAAGGGUGAUUACUACAGAUACCUGGCUGAGGUAGCCACUGGUGAUGUUCGAGCGGGUGUUGUGGAUGAUUCCCAGAAGUCCUACCAGGAGGCAUUCGAUAUCGCCAAGGCAGAGAUGCAGCCCACCCACCCAAUCAGGCUGGGUCUGGCACUGAACUUUUCAGUUUUCUUCUACGAGAUCCUCAACUCGCCCGAUAAGGCAUGCCAGCUAGCUAAACAGGCAUUUGACGAUGCAAUAGCAGAGUUAGAUACACUGAAUGAAGAUUCAUAUAAGGACUCCACGCUCAUUAUGCAGCUGUUGAGAGACAACUUAACGCUUUGGACGAGUGAUACGCAGGGCGAAGGGGAAGAUGCUAAUGAAGGGGGUGACCAAAACUGAUGAACGCAACCCCUAAUAGCAUGUUUCACUCGACCCUCCACACUCCAACCUUCAAGUCGUGAUGCCUAAGGGUCGACCAUUCCUCACCUCACUUUUCACACCGCCAGCGUGGCUACUAGUAGUCGAGGCUGCGGCUGGGCACUCCUCAGUGACGCUACGCUCACCACCUCGAUACUCGUGGCUGCAACACCACCACAACGGUCGCCCCUCGGCCUCUCUGCUGCCUGUAAGACAUCCUCGAGCUUGUUAAUGAAUUGAGGAGUCUUUUCAUUUCUUUCCCAGUGCAUUUGCGACUCAACAUUGAGGAGCAGUCCCAGCUGUUACGUUAACAUUCGUGCACAGGCUACUCGGCGAGUGUUGCAGCUCUUGUUCACCACCUUAAGAGACUGAAGUGAAUAUAGACAAUGGGACUAACUGGAGCUCUGGACCAGCGUGGAGAGUGUUUGAUAGUGUGAAAACGCCGCUUGGGUCGGCUGGCCGUUUCUGUUGGGGCGGCCAGCCAGACUGCAUUACUUAUUACUGCUAAAUGAACCACUUAGCAUUUUGUACUUCCCAUGGGGGUUGGGCUCCCUCGGUCCCGCCUCUUUGUAUGUAACGUUGCGUACUGACAGUCAGCGGAUGAAACCAACAAGUAUAAAGAGAUUGUUACUGUAUUAAUUAACCAGUGAAUCAUGUGGUUGUAGCAAAGAAAUUAACCAUAGAUUCUCAUUGGUAACUAGAAAAAAUUGAAACUCCUGGUGUUAAUAUUUUUACAGUAACUAGUUACAACUCGUGAAUUCACUGUACGUUUAAGAUUAAUAAUGUAAUACUUAUUGGUUUAUUAGAUGUGACCCCCUACAAAAUUGAGCUGAUUUACUGUUAUGUCGUGGCCAGUUGGUGUCUAAAAGAUCGAUGAUAAAUGCGGUAGAUAAUGACUUUGUUGGAUGUAAGCAUGGAGUACUGAUGAAAAUAUUUGAGUAAUGUAAUUUUCUCGUCGCUGUUGAGAAUGAUCGGCAGUCAGGUGAGUUACCAGCGGGAAUGGAAAGCAAUUUGAAUUAUGGUACCACAUUGCCAUUGGGCGGGAUUUCUAUUGGCUUAUUUAAAGUCUUUGGACAAACAGUCGGCACAUAACAUCACUACUGUUGUCAGCAGGGGAGAAUACACCAUUCAGUAUAGUGACCAUCAAAAGAUAUCCCACCUCUCCUGAUGCCGUGAGUUCUCAUCUGCUUUAUUUAAAGACCAGUCAACUGAGGAGCUUUAUUUCUCUGGGUUUGUACUUAUGUUCAGAAUUUUUUUAUUAGGUAGAGUACUUUGUGGGGCACUCUGCCUAGCUCCUAGGUAAACUUCCGGUUUGUCUAGCAGGCGGUAUUAAAAAAAAAAGAAUGGUAUUAAAGUUUUCACUUUCAUUGUCAUCUGCAUUAAUGGUUAUGAACAUCCUCCCCAUGAAUAUUGAUAUUUAAAAAUGUUCUAGAAAGUCACCAAUCAUGAGCGCUUUAAGUCGACUGCCAAAUGUGAAAUGUAUAAUAAAGCGUAAUGUUUUGGUGGUAGUUUAGGUCAAAAAUCUAACAAAUUCUCGCCCCUUGUCAAAAUUGCUUUCCUAAAUCAACGUAAUAAACGUUUCAUAUA